CCCGCUCCGCGGUAAAACCGGUAAGACCUAAUCGGGCAAUAAAGCUGCAUUAUCUGCAGCACCGGAUCAGAUUCGCGAGCUAGCUCUGUAUAAAAAGACUUACGUCGCUCAAUCAUCCAGCAAUCCGACACGCGAAUUCACCUCCAAAAUAGCUCUGCUAGCUGCAAAGAUGGACCCCAACGAACUAGAGAUAGAAUUCCGCAUUUUCGUCCUCCGUUUAGCGGAACGCCUAUCUGACACGGAAACCAACAAACUGGUCUACAUCUGCAAGCUCCCGCCGCAAUACAAAGACAAACAGCCGAUGGUCGUCCUCGAAUACAUGCACAACAUGGGAGUCUUUUCCGCCACAAAGUUGGAUAACUUUGCGCGGCUCUUGAAGGAGAUCAAACGCGACGACCUGUCGAAAACGGUGGAAAAGUACUCCAAAACGAAAAAGACCCGCAAGAUGUGCGCCAAGGCCCGCGCGAGUUCCCCUGAAGCAGAUCCGUCGCUCACGACCAGCUCGCAGGCGACGUUCGAGGUGUUCAACAUUCAGAGCGAGAUCACGAGAGACGUGAUGGACCAGAUGAUGAAGCGGCACAACGAUAUGGGGCUGAGGGUCAGACAGCGAGCAAUGCACGAUUUAGAAUGCCUGGUAAAAAGUGCCCAAGACUUGAAGAAGGAGCUGAGUACCCAAUCUAAUGCGAAAGAUGUUCAAGAAGGUGGCGAAGAUGGUUAUAUUUACAGUGUCCCGCACUUUGAUGAUGUCGACAGUGGUGAUGACUCCAAAUCCUCUCCUCCAGAGUACAUGUACAUUGAAAACGAUCCUUCCCCAGUAUCUGUAGCCUUCCAGCAUCACCAGCAGCCAGCAGGGAGGGCAGCCACUCUGCCUCAUGCUGCCGCUCAACUUGUCACAGGGCUCUCUGCUGGCCAGGUGGGGGUGAAAGACAGAUUCAAGCUUCAGAAACCCCAAACCCUUCCUAAACCACAGAAACACAGGGCAGAAGGAUCAGGAAGUACUGCCCUGGUGAGUCCCAGGGUUGUCCCCUCAUCAGUGCCACAUAAUCCAGCUAUUGACCUGAGUGAUCUCAAACAGAAGAAGUCAUCUCUCAGGAAAUCUGGGAGUGCUCAGAAGAGUUCCCUCCACAGUAGUCCCAGUCUCAGCAGCAUGGACUCUGACUACACUGGAGGUAGCUCUGCCAGCUACACUGGAGGAUCGGACACGACUGGGUCGACUGGCGACAGUGGAUUUGGUGGAGACACUAACCCGUUCCUCAAAGUCAGCAUCGGAGGACGACAUAACCCGAAAAAAGCCAACCGGGAAACUAUACUACAAAAGGCUCGAAACCCCAGACGAUGUUGACUGUUACACCAACGUCGCCAAGGGCGACUCUCAAGAGAACCCCUAUGAAGAACCGAUGAAAAAGGAUGUCACAUACAUGAAUGUACGCGAGGCGGCAGACGAGUACAUGAACACUCAGCGUUCAACCUGAACAUUAGUUUUAGGUAGCAUAGCUAUAGUGAUUGUGAUGUUUGGCUUAGGUUUAGGUAGUAGUAAUUAUGUGAUGUCAUUAAUUUAGCUAGUUGAGUUUCUCCCUUUGGCCUCAUCUAUCCAGACAUGAACAGAUUUGAGCACGCUGACACCCCCAACCCCAUCCAUCACACAAUCCCUAUAUUGUUGCAUAGGUGAAGUAUUAAACACAUUCACCAUUACAAUAUAUACUCAGAACUUA